AAAGAGCAUCAUGAUCCUAAAGAAGCUAGACUUAUAACAUUAGAAGAGAUAGAGGAAGAAAUCGAAAAAAAUAGGUUGGAAAGAAUAAAAAAGCUUCUAUUAUCUGAAAGGCAAGAAUAUGAAGCACAAAAGGAAUAUGCUUUUAAGGCUCAUUUUCAGUUAAUUUAUGAAGAAAAAGAUAGGACUUAUUCUACAGGAGCAUAUUCCACAAAAAUU